GCUCCUGGACUCUCCUGACUGAUGGGUGAGGACAGAGACUUUUCCCAUCCGUCUGAAGGAGAACCAAACCUUCUGCAGCCGAGACUCAAAGACAAUCAACAUGGACCCGUCCGACCAGAAGCACUUCACGGCCGUGGACUAUGUGGUAUUUGCUCUCCUGCUCGCUGCCUCCAUGGGCAUCGGACUGUACCACGCUCUUUCAGGCGGGCGUCAGCGCACCACACAGGAGUUCUUGAUGGCGGACAGGAGCAUGAGCUGUCUUCCCGUUUCGCUGUCGCUCAUCGCCUCAUUCCAGUCUGCCGUGGCGAUUAUCGGCGUACCGGCAGAAAUCUACGCUCACGGUACUCAGUACUGGUUCAUCGGCUGCGCCUACAUUCUCGGCCUCCUCAUUCCUGCCCAUGUUUUCAUUCCUGUGUUCUACAAACUGCGUCUCUCCAGUGCUUACCAGUAUCUUGAACUGCGCUUCAGCAAAGCAGUGCGUGUCUGUGGGACUUUGGCCUUCAUCUUUCAGACGGUUGUCUAUAUGGGAGUUUGUGUUUACACUCCUGCCUUCGCACUAAAUGCAGUCACUGGAUUUGAAUUAUGGGGGGCAGUGCUGGCCACCGGACUAGUGUGCACAUUGUACACAACAAUGGGUGGUUUGAAGGCUGUCAUCUGGACAGACGUCUUUCAGACUGUUGUGAUGUUUGCGGGGCAGCUGGCUGUCAUCGUGGUCGGCGUCCAUCAGACUGGAGGACUGUCUGAAGUCUGGAGGAAAGUCCGGGAGGGAAACCGCAUCUCUGCUCUCGACCUAAACCCAGAUCCUACAGAGAGACACACCUUCUGGACUCUGGGGGUUGGCGGGGUCUUCCUCAUGUUGUCCCUGUACGGAGUCAACCAGGCUCAGGUCCAAAGAUAUCUCAGCGCACGCACAGAGAAGGAGGCCGUCAGGUCUUGCUACAUGGCGUUUCCCUCCCUGCAGUUGUCUCUGGCUCUGAGCUGUGUGAUGGGACUGGUGAUGUUUGCACGUUACUGUGAAGAGGAUCACUCUGUCAAGCUGGGCACAUCUUCAAGUGAUGCGAUGGUGCUUUACUUUGUGAUGGAUAUGCUGCAAGGUCUUCCUGGUCUGCCCGGACUGUUUGUUGCUUGUUUGUUCAGUGCAGCUCUCAGCACCAUCUCUUCUGCUUUCAACUCUUUGGCCACUGUGACGAUGGAAGACCUCGUCAAACCACAUUACCCCGCCAUGACAGAGGCCAGAGCGACCCUGCUGUCCAAAGCCUUAGCCAUGUCCUACGGGCUGCUGUGUCUGGCCAUGGCCUAUCUCACUCACCUGAUGGACCAUUCUGUUCUACUGGUGGCUUUGAAAAUCUUCGGGAUGGUUGGCGGUCCUGUUCUUGGUCUGUUUUGUCUCGGGAUGUUCUUCCCGUGGGCCAACUCUACUGGAGCGAUUUCAGGUCUUGGAGCUGGUCUGGCUUUGGCUUUCUGGGUCGGCAUCGGGAGCAUCGUCUCCCGUAGCUCCGGCCCGAGGCCGCUGCCGCCCGGCUGCAGAGCCGUCCUGGACAACACGACGUCUGCCUUUCACACGGCACUCAGCAAUGUCACUCUGAGCCAACCGUCUGGACUGAACAGAUUUUAUUCGUUGUCCUACAUGUGGUACAGUGCUUUCAACUGCUUCACAGUCAUUCUAAUCGGCCUGAUCAUCAGCUUCCUCACAGGCCCUAUGAAAGAAGAAGAUGUGACACCAGGUACAACAUAUCCCUUGUUCGGGAAACUGCUUUGUUUUCUACCUGAAGACCUCAAAAAGAAGCUCUGCUGCGUGACUCCUCUGGGACAGACGCUCUCAGCACAACCAAUGCAUCCACAACACAAAGAAGGCACAGGACUGAUCUUCCCACAAGAGGACGGACAAUCACAAGAAGAGACGGACAGGUUCCUUCCUGAGGCUCAAACAGCUCUUGUGGAGCACGAAACAACUGUGUGAUGUCACAGUAGAAUGUCUGGCUUCACACAAUGUGCUCUGACUUUUAAAAAAAAAGUGCAUGUAUUUUUUAUUUCUUUUAUUUUUUUUGCCUUUGCUUUGUGAUGAAAGACAAAAUGUGAAUUUGCACUCUAAAAUGCUGCAACAAAGUCAAAGAUAGUGCAGCUGAGCCUGUUGUAAUUCUACAUAUACAGUUUACAGUAUUUGUCAAUGUCAGGUGUAUGAUUAUUGAUUCUCAAUUUGUUCCUUCUGUGUGUACAUAUGGAAAAAAAGAAAAGACUGUUAUAUGAGAAUUAUCCAGUGAAAAAAAACCUUUUAUACCGUUAUUGAUUCUAUACUUGACUUUUGUUUAACACUACUGCAGCUGUAUGAAUGAUGAGUGUGAGAUGACAGUGCCUCACUUUUUAAUAAUGUAUGUGUGACUUUUGUCUGUAUUGCAGCUGAAACACUGAAAAAGAUUAAA